UCAAUUGUCGGAAACUUCGAGAAGGGUGUUUUCAUUUGGAAAUAGCAACUAUAACUCUUAAGAAAUUUAUGUUCAUGGUUUACACAACUGGCAGCAUAUGUGCAAAAAUAAAUCGUACUUUAUUAUUUUAAUUUAAGAUAGUUAUGGCAAUGUACAAUGCAGCCAGUCUCUUUGGGUGGGGAAAAUCAAUAGGAAAACCGAGUUUAAAUCGCAAGUAUGGGUUAUUAACGUUUAACGAAUAAAUCGUGUAGUGAUAUUUUUUAAUAUUGCGAUAUGCGUGUAAUAUAUUUGUGUUCGUGAAAUCUUUACAAUGACGCUUUCAAAAUGUGGCGUCUCUUGAUAGACAACGGGAAUUUGACUGAAUAUAGUGUGCACUCAGUUAACGUUAACAGCUGUGUUCAAUAAGAAGAAAAUGUUAAAAAACUGCGUGAUUGAUGCUUCUUGACAUCUAAUUUGAGGAACAAGAUAUCAAGUACAACUUAACAAUGUUGGUACUUCAAGAAAUUUUGUUGGUCUGCCUCGCAUUGUGUACUUUGUCGCAAAUCAAUUACGUUAAAAGUACACAUAUUUCUGGCACUUUUAAUACAAAGGAAUUCUUUCGUUUCCUCAUAAAAUUCGGUUUCCAAAAAACCGAUCGUCAUCGGCAGAGAGAUUCAUAUGGAUAUAUUUUCGGUAAUGUGACAUCAAAAAGCCACUUUCCUGUUCCAAUCACAUUAGCAGUUUUGGAUCGUAGUCAUUUUUUAGAAUACUAUGGUAAUCGUACAUUAAAAGAUAAAAACACUGCUUGCACUCUUAUGUUCAAUACUUUAAAUCAAAGUUCUUAUGAUGUACACUGUAACGAAGAAGGACAAGAUUUUUUAAGGAGAAUACCUUGUCCAAAAGAUAAAUUAUGUCCGGAUGAAGAUUCCAUAUGGAACAUUGUGAAAGGAUAUCAAUUCACAUACGUCAUACAAGAUUUUUGGCAGCCACGUUUUUGGUAUAUGAGCCUAGUGGCAUGUUAUAGAAAUACAACUACUUGUCAGUGGGAAUACUAUGAUAAACAUGACGAAUUAGAAUAUGAUAUUUGGCUAGUAAAUGGAAAUCCAAAUACUAGUGGCCUAAAUAGCUUGACAUAUCAGUUUUCGUAUGACAGACAAAAUACUAUAGAACUGUACUUGUUGUUUUUUAUGUGUUACAUCAUACUUGUGCCAUUGCAAUUAUAUGCUGUAAGAUUACAAAAGCAUCCUGUAACCAGAUUAUUCACAGCUAGUCUAUUAUUGGAGUUUAUAGCAGUAUGUUUAAUAUUGAUACACGUGUUGAAAUUUGCUCUUGACGGAGUAGGAUAUGAACAGUUAGAAGUUGCUGGAGAUAUUUUUGAUAUUUUAUCAAGAACAUCAUUCAUGUUACUUCUUCUCCUACUUGCGAAAGGAUGGGCAGUAACUAGAAUGGAAUUGACAUGGAAGCCAUUGGUUUUUACUAUAUGGCUUUGUUAUGGAGUGGUUCAUAUUCUACUAUAUGUGUGGAACAUGACUGAAGUUGACAUUAUUGAAGAUAUUGAUGAAUACCAAACAUGGCCAGGCUGGUUUAUACUUCUAUUUCGUAGUGCAAUAAUGAUUUGGUUUUUAUGUGAACUUAGAAAUACUAUGACAUAUGAACAUAAUACUCAGAAACUAAAUUUUCUACUUCAUUUUGGCGCAUCAUCAUUGGUUUGGUUCAUUUAUUUACCUAUUAUAGCACUUAUUGCUCUUCAAGUAAGUGCAUUAUGGAGGUUCAAACUCUUAUUAGGUAUUACAUAUUCUGCUGAUUGCUUUGCAUAUUGUGUAAUGGCACAUUUACUUUGGCCAACAAGAAGCGAACAAUAUUUUCUACUUGCACAAGGAGCUGAUAAUGGAGAUGAACUUGAUGAAUUUAAUGAAGCGCCACAUGUAUUGAAUAAUUAUGUAGAACCUCCAGAACUUACUAAAAUAAUUGCUUAAUGUCAAGACACAAAAGGCAAAGCAUCACAGAUAUGAAAAUUCAAACUUAUAGUUUGACACAUGCUGUUUGCCAAAUAACAAAAAUUUUUAGAGUUGAUAUUACUCUGCUAUAUACUUGAGACUGACAUAUUCUGAACACUGUGUAAUUAGAGAUACACUAAUAAUCAAAUUUACAUUUGUGAUAGGAAGUCAAUAAUUGACACAAUGAAGAAUAAAAUGGGGUGUUUGGUAAUAGAUGGUAAAGAAUUUAAAGGUUGCUUUUAUAAACCAAGAUAAGAUGAAAAUAAAGAGGAAAAAGAGUUUCAUUUGAAAUUUUAUUUAGAAAUCGAUAUUUAAAAAUCGACCAAAUGGAAGUCCGGUAGAGUUCACUAAAUGAAUAUAGGGCAACUUAAAUAAUGCAGCAACGGCGUAUAAUUAACCCGAGAUUACCCACUCUGGGGUCUAGCGCAGGUACAUCCCGGCGACUAGACCCCCACGUGGGUAAUCCCGGGUUAAGAAAAAGGUAACAAUAUGUAAACAUAAGACAAGACAAAUGAAAAAUGUAUUCUGCAGUAUAUUCAUAUACAAACACGUAUAUACGAAAUAAAAAAUGAGAAAACAACUACAAAAAUUAACAUAAAUAAA